AUGGCGGGUACCCAGGAUUGUAUCCCCGACACCCUCCCCAGCAAUCAGGAGUGCCCCGGUACUUCUGCCUCCUGUUUCAGUGCUGCACAGCCUGGCAACAGCACAUCUAACCAUCCUCACACACGUUCGCAGUCUUCGCGUUCCCAAAAAUUCAUACCCGGUUCCGCGGGUGGCAGGUCUCAUUCCAGCAGGCCUAACCAUUCUACACCGCAGCAGGUUGUAGCUGUUCCCAGUAUAUUCCAGGAGCCGCUACCUCAGCCUACACCCACAGAAGGCGGAUCAGGAACUUUGUCAGAGGAGGAGGCGGAGGUACAACAAGAAACGCCCACAGCUGCCGAGCCGACCCCAGCCACCAGUGAAGUGCAAGGGGGGAAGAGAAAGGCAAAGAAGAAACACACAGCGAAGAAGAGUAAGAAAAGUAAGCCUUCCGACACCGAGGAUGAAUCAGGUACUCCCUCAUCAGAUUCUGACAGCGACGCCCCCUUGGACGAAAUUGGGGUCUUGGCAAGGAUGGCUCUGGGCUUCCUUUAUGGGUUCAUGAGAGGAGGGCUAACUCCCAUCGUAAAACUUUUAAUGGGUCCUUGGAAUGGAAGGGGGGUGCUUUAGUGGAGGACGUGAAAACGUCCACUAAUGUAUCCACUGAUUUCAUCCUGGGAAAUCACCUUUCCCAAAGGAAAAGAGACAAGAUUCUCAAUUGUGAUUAUGUAGCUAUUUUCACCUUGCUGCCACCGGCAAAGGUGUCGGGGAAAGGGGAAAAGAAACGUUCUUACGGGAAACGAAGGUAUAGGACACCACAGGCGGAACACAAUUUUGAGAACUGGCUGGACAGGUUCCAGGUCUUUAUGGGGAUGAUUUGUGCAUGUUACCCCAAACGCGCCAUGCAUCUAUUAGCUUAUAUGUCUCACGUAAGAAAGGCCUUUGCUCUGGCCGGGGAGGCAGCUGCGUUAACGUAUGAUAAUUUCCACAGAAAUGCUUCCUUGCUGCCCACCACCCGCUGGGACCUGAGGGACCAGAAUUAUUGGAUGGAACAUGUGGGUCCCUACGUUGAAAAGUAACCUUAGGACUCCUCUAAGUUCGGAAAGGUCAAGGCAAAAUGUUGAAAGCAGUGCUGGGAGUACAACAGGGGCGGUUGUAUGAGGCCAAACUGUAAGUAUAUACACGAGUGUGAGAAGUGCCUAGGCAACCACCCGGCCACGGCUUGUUUCAAAGGAAACCAUUACUAACAUGACCCUUGGUCAGGCCUUCUCACCAGUUAGGCUGCGACCUCUAAAAACCCUGCUUGAUCUGUACCCUAAUAAAAAAGCUGCAAAGUACCUUUGGGAGGGCUUUUCCCUUGGUUUCAGAAUCCCGGUUUCAUUCCUACCUAACUCUGGGGACCCACCAAACCAAAAAUCCGUAAAAGAAAUGCCAGAUAUUGCUAAGAAGAAAAUACAGAAAGAAAUUCUGGCUGGGAGCGUGGGAACCUCCUUUUGAGGGUUUACAUAUUUCACCAUUAGGUAUUGUUCCUAAGAAGGUCCCUGGCAAGUACCGCGUGAUACACAACCUUUCCUACCCAAGGGGGAGCUCAGUCAAUGACGCGAUACUGCAGGAGCUUUGUUCCAUGAAAUAUGCCUCCUUCGACCAAGCGGUAAAGCUUCUUCGUAGGUUUGGCAGGGGGGCACUUUUGGCUCAGCCUUUUGCCUCCUUCCAAUUCACCCGGAGGAUUUCCGCUGGCUGGGCUUUAGAUUUGAGAGGGCAUAUUUCAUAGACAAAGCUUUGCCCAUGGGGUGCUUGAUAGCAUGUGCAGCAUUUGAGGCCUUCAUCACAUUUUUGGACUGGGCUCUUCAAUUUAAAACUGGUUUGGAAGGGGUGGCACAUUACCUCAAUGACUUUAUUCUCGUGGCAAGUAAUAAGCAUGAGUGCGCAGCGCUGUUGCAAGCCUUCACCUCCCUGGCUGAGGAGCUUGGCAUACCUUUGGCUGCGGAUAAAACCGAGGGCCCAGUCACAACCAUGACUUAUUUAGGCAUAGAACUAGACACAAUUGCACAGACUUCCAGCCUACCCAAAGAAAAGUUAACUGCCCCCAUAAAAAAAGGGACUUCCGGGGGGCGGCGCGAACGGUAAUGGCGGUCUUCUCCCGACGGGAGAAGAAGCUCCGCUGAAAUCGGGCCGUCCGCUACGGCGAAGCGGAGACCCAACGAGAAAAACCCCAGGCAGCAAGAGCCUGGGGUCCUGAGGCUCGGCGGGCGCCAAGAGCAGCCCUCCAACUGCAGAAGGAGCCUCGUAAGAGGCCCGGAGCGUGGAGGGGGGCUGCGGCGCUGUGAGCCGUUUCACAGUCAGCGGAGUGAAGCCGCGCUGCUGCUGCCGGUGAGCGCUGAUCCCUUUUCCUGUUAAAAUUCGGACCUGGAAGAAAACAACUUAUUCGUGAGUAAAGACUGAAUCACUUGGAAUUACAAAUUUUAAAUGAGAAGGUUUAAAUUGACUUGAAUUUGGCUGAAAGCGGAGAGACGUGGAAACAGGAAGUCCGUCUUCCGCUGCCAUUGAACUUGGAAAAAAAAAGCAACUAAGGUGGAGGAGUGGAGGCUGAAAGAAAGAGACUUUAAACUCUACACAGCCAAGCAUCUAUGGAACUUACAAUUUAAAGUAAAACUAGCAAGUUAAAGAUUUGGACCUUUUAUUUGCACUUGACUUUCCCCUUUUAUUGGAUUACAAAUUGGAAGGUGAAACCCAGAGUCAGGAUUGCUUGAGCACUGUAACAGUGGGCUGUCAGUGUUUGACUUGGAUACUGUAUAUUAGAAGUUGCAACAAUCUGAGGGUAUUGAGACCUUUUAAAUUUGAAACAUUCUUUCUGGAGACAAAUAAGCACUGUCUGCAACAAAGUGAUUACUUUUAAACUCUGCUUAAUACUUAUAUUGGAAGGUUCUGGGACAUUAAAUCAGACUCUGAAAAGACAUUUUAAGCUCCCUCUAGAGGAUUGGAUUAAAACAGUGACUUUAUAAAUACAUUUACUUUCGAUUCCCUUGUUGUCUGCUUGCUCUGGGCCUCUCUAUUCCUGUGGGAAAACUCAGUGUGACCUUGACUGAUAGAUAACAUUGGAAUGAGUGGUACAAGAAGAAGAGGAAGAGUUAGACAAACAACUCUAACAAACCUAACCUCAGCCUCGCAGACACGUAGAUCAUCUGUGCCUACUUUGCCCUCAGAAGUACAACUUGAAGAAGCUGCCUUGCUACAGGCAAAAGAGGGAGAGGGUGAAGUAGAGCAGUUACAAUUGGAAGAUAUGGCCUCAGGAGCAUCUGUUUCUGUGCUAGAAAAAAUCUUUGAAAAAUUGGAAGCUUUGGACAAGAAAGUAGAUGCGCAAUCAGCAAAGAUUGAUAAAAAUACAGAUUGUCUAAACAAAUUAACUACACAGGUGGGACAGAAUACACAAGCAAUUGGACAGUUGACGGAGGCCUCAGUAGAAAACCGAAAAUUGGCUGAGGAUACCAGACAAAAAUUGGAAAAUUUAGAGCAAGAGGUAAGACCACUCACUAAACAAGUUGGGGAACAUCAGACUUAUCUUUCUAUGAUAGAACUGCGAAAUCGUGAGAAUAAUCUGAGGAUUAGAUCAUUACAAGAGGCAGAAGAAGGAAAUCUAACUGAGUUUUUGACCAAAGAACUUUCCAAGUUCUGGAAUUUGGAAGAAAAGGACUUUAAAAUUGUGUCAGCUUUCAGACUUGGAAGAUUUAUAAAGAAGGAGAGGCCCAGGGAUUGUUUGAUUACAUUGAGAUCGAAGGAGGAAAGGGAUAAGAUUUUGGGCCUACAUUACGAAAAGUCACUGGAAGUUUUGGAUAGAAGAAUUGAGAUAUAUAAAGAUAUCCCAAGACAACUGUUGGACCUUAGAGCCGCCUAUUCCGAACUUGCUAAACUAUUAAGGAGCAACGCAAUUCCAUUCAGGUGGGAUUUUCCCCAAGGAUUAUCUUUUACCUUUAGAGCGAGAAAGGUUAAAAUUAGAACAUUGGAAGAGAGAGAUAAAUUUCUGGCUACACACGGAGAGGACCUACAUAAAGGAAUCGAACUACCUUCCGGGCCUGAGGCAAAGCCAGCAUCAAUACCUCCACCUCGGGAACUUGAAGAUCAAGAGAAGACACCACCCCAGGAGAAAUAACCAGAUAGAUCCAGGAUGUCUCUGCAACUGUUGAGCUGGAAUAUUAAUGGUUGCAAUAUUCCGGAGAAAAGGAAGAAAAUAUUUCAUAUAUUAAAAAAAGAACAAUUGGACAUUAUUUGCUUACAAGAAACACAUGUGACGAGGCUCCACAGAAAAGUGUUAAUAAAUAAAAGAUUGGGCCAGGAAUUUAUUUCGUCGGAUAAAGUGAAGAAGAGAGGAGUGGUGAUAUAUGCAAAAGAGAGCCUGUCACCUAAAUUUCUAUUUAAAGAUGAACAUGGAAGGAUUUUGGCUAUUGAGAUACAAUAUCAAGGAGAGAAACUGCUGAUAUUAGGAAUCUAUGCGCCUAAUGAAGGGAAAUCGGAAUUUUACAAGAAGUUGCAGGGGACAAUGCUGGAUCAUCUGGAUUACAACAACAUCAUAAUGAUGGGAGACAUGAACGGGGUCGUGUCAACUAACAUGGACAAGUCGCAAAGUCAAAACAUCACAAAAGAUGGCAGACUACCUAAAACCUUUUUUGAAAUGACUGACAAUAUGGAUUUGAUCGACAUUUGGAGAACAAAGAACCCACUAGGUAGAGAAGGAACAUUCUUUCUGAAGCCCAACUGACCUGGACAAGAAUCGACCAAAUAUGGAUCUCUAGAGGCCUGGCACCUAGGGUUAGAAAAGUGGAAAUCUGCCCAAAGACCUGUUCUGACCACAACGCAGUAAAGAUGGACAUGACACUACUACCAACUGGAUCCUUUAGAUGGAAGAUGAAUGACAAUUUGUUUAGAGAUCAGGAAAUUACCAAGAAGGCCCAAAAAGUUUUGAAAGAUUAUUUUGAGAUAAAUAUGAACAAUUCGGUGGAAAAAGAAUCGUCUGGGACGCAAGCAAAGCUGUCAUGAGGGGAUUCCUGAUACAACAGAAUGUAGUAAAGAAAAAAACACAAAAUGAGAAAAAGACAAGAUUUAGGAUAAAAUAAAAGAAUUAGAGAAGAAAUUAAGAGUGAAUCCAAAGUCACAGCCAACUCUGAGAGAAAUUAAACUGUAUCAAACACAGUAUUCUAAAUUGAUAAAUCAGGAAAUUGAAUGGAAGAUCAAAUUAAUGAAACAAAAACGUUUGAGUCGGCGAAUAAAUGUGGAAAACUGCUAUCCUGGCAGUUGAAGAGAAGACAAAGAUUAAACACGGUUACAAAUUUAGAGGUUGAUGGAAGAAACAUUCAGAAUCCAGUGGACAUUAGAAAGUGUUUCCAGAGAUAUUUUAAAAAUUAUAUACCCAAGGGCCGCAAGACGAAGUUGAGAUUAAACAAUUUUUGGCAAAAAUGGAUUAUCUAAACUGUCACAAGAAAAUAGGACAAUCCUGAACUCUAAAAUAACACGACAGGAGAUUGAACAAGCUAUUCAGAACAUGCAACUUGGCAAAUCUCCAGGGCCAGACGGGCUGACCUCCAAGUAUUACAAGACACUAAAAGACUAUUUGAUACAACCCUUGAUGGAGGUUAGCAAUGAAAUUAUGGAGGGGAAGAGGGCACCGGAUUCGUGGAAGGAAGCGUUUAUCACAUUGAUACCAAAGUCAGAAACUGAAAAGACACAACUGAAGAACUACCGUCCCAUCUCCCUUUUAAAUGUGGAUUACAAAAUAUUUGCAGAUAUUUUGGCAAGUAGAUUUAAAAAGUUUUAAAUGAAGUAAUUCAUAAGGACCAGGCCGGUUUUCUCCCAGGUAGACAUUUGUUUGCUAACACAAGGAACAUUAUUGAUAUUUUGGAACUUCUCCAAACUGACAUAAAUACAAAAGCUGUUUUAAUUUUUAUAGAUGCGGAGAAGGCCUUUGAUAACAUCUCUUGGAAAUUUAUGAUGGGAAACUUAAAAGAGAUGGGAGUGGGACGGGGUUUUGAGAAUGGGAUUGAGGCGAUAUAUUCAGAACAGAAAGCAAAACUGAUAGUUAAUAAUGUGGUUACAGAAGAGUUCAAAAUUGAAAAAGGGACACGACAAGGUUGCCCUAUUUCCACUUUGUUAUUUAUUUCGGUCCUGGAAGUGCUAUUGAACAUGAUUAGAGGGGACCAGCUGGUGGAAGGAAUUCAGGUUGGUCAGAAACAAUAUAAAUUAAAAGCCUUUGCAGAUGACCUGGUUUUGACCUUGCAGAAGCCAGAGCCUAGUACGAAAAGAGUAUUACAAUUGAUUAAUGAUUUUGGUCGGGUGGCGGGAUUUAAAUUAAACAAACAGAAAACUAAGGUUUUGGGGGAAAAAUCUGACUGAGACAGAGUCAGAACGGUUUCAGAAUGAGACGGAACUUACUGUGGUUAAACACGUAAAAUACCUAGGGGUAAACAUAACAGCCAAAAAUCUAAGUCUAUUUAAGGAUAAUUAUGAAAAAUGUUGGACAGAAAUUAAGAGAGACUUAGACAGUUGGUCAAAAUUGAAACUUUCUUUGUUAGGCCGAAUUGCUGCGAUUAAGAUGAAUGUAUUGCCAAGAAUGUUGUUUUUAUUUCAAACACUGCAGGUAUUGGACAAAAUGGAGUGCUUUCAGAAGUGGCAGAGAGACAUUUCGAAGUUUGUCUGGCAGGGCAAAAGCCCAGAAUUAAGUUUAAGAUACUAACCGAUGCAAAACAAAGAGGGGCUUUGCCCUGCCGGACUUAAAGUUGUACUAUGAAGCCGCAGCGUUCUGCUGGCUAAAAGACUGGCUACUUCUUGAAGACACUGAUGUGUUAGAUUUGGAGGGGUUUAACAAUGUUUUUGGAUGGCAUGCAUAUUUAUGGUAUGACAAAGUUAAAGCAAAUAAGGCCUUUAAGAACCAUAUUGUUAGAAAAUCACUGUUUAAUGUCUGGACAAAAUAUAAAGACUUGCUGGAAAAUAAAACACCAAGGUGGCUUUCACCUUUGGAAGCUAAGGCCCGAAAAAGACCCAAUAUGGAGGCCAAAUGGCCAAAAUAUUGGGAAAUACUAGAAAAGAUGGAGACAAUUGGAAAUUGCAGAGCUUGGAGAAAAUGAAAGACAAAGUGCGAGAUUGGUUACACUAUGCUCAGAUUAAAGAAGUUUUUAAAAGUGAUAAGAAACUAGGGUUCCAGGUGGAGAAAUCGAAAUUAGAAACAGAAUUGUUAGAACCAAAGACUAAGAUACUUUCAAGGAUGUAUAACUUGCUGUUGGAAUGGAAUACACAAGAUGAAAUGGUUAAAUCGGCUAUGAUAAGGUGGGCACAGGAUAUUGGGUAUAAUAUUAUGUUUGAGGACUGGGAAAGGCUGUGGAGUAAUGGAUUGAAAUUUACUGCAUGUAAUGCUUUGAAAGAAAAUGUAAUGAAAAUGAUUUAUAGAUGGUAUAUGACCCCAGUCAAACUCGCAAAAAUUUACCACCUGUCUGAUAACAAGUGCUGGAAAUGCAAAGAGUGUGAAGGAACGUUCUUUCACCUCUGGUGGACAUGCCCUAAAGUGAAGGCGUUCUGGGAAAUGAUUUAUAAUGAAUUGAAAAAGGUAUUUAAAUAUACUUUCACUAAGAAACCAGAGGCCUUCCUUUUGGGUAUUGUCAGCCAAGGGGUGGCAAAGAAGGACCAGACAUUUUUAUGUAUGCAACAACAGCAGCAAGGAUACUACUCGCAAAACAUUGGAAAACCCAAGAUCUACCCACACUGGAAGAAUGGCAGAUGCAACUGAUAGACUAUAUGCAACUGGCUGAAAUGACUGGCAGAAUCCGUGACCUGGGAGAAGAGAGAAUCGAGGAGGAUUGGAAGAAAUUUAAGAACUACCUACAAAAACAUUGUGAUUUGAUUGAAUGCUGAAUAAGAUGCUGGACUAAAUAACUGAGCACCACUUAACUUAGAAAUUUUUAAGGAAACAAGAAAAGUUGUGAAAGUUUAACUCUUUAUGAGAACUUUAAGAUUAUGAAAUAUCGAAGAGAUAUAAGAAUUUAAAUAAGAUGAUAAAUUGCUGACAAAAUGUUAUAAUGAUGAAGGUGGGAGCGGGAGAUGUGAGGAAGUCCAAAGAAAAUGUGAAAUUAUGUUAAGACGAAUGCUAUAUUGUUUAUUACAUUUAUUUCUAUUGUAAAACCCAAUAAAUUGUUUUAAAAAAAAAAAAGAAAAGUUAACUGCCCUUAAGGAAUUAAUUCUACAGCUGCUUCUCCUUAAGAAGGUCACCCUUAGGCAGAUUCAAUCGCUUCUGGGUCAUCUUAACUUCGCGUGCCGGGUGGUGUCCCCUGGCCUCCCCUUUUGUGGGUGUUUAGCAAGGUUGUCAGCAGGACUGUGGGCUCCCCAACACAGAGUGCGCCUUUCUAAAACGGUCAAGUCUGACCUGAAGGUUUGGUUAAAGUUCUUGGACAUGCACAAUGGCAUUUCAUUGUGGCCGGAUAAUAUAUUGCUUCAGGCAGACUUUCAGGUACAGUCUGACGCAGCUGGUUCCUUAGGGUUCGGCAUCUACAUUAAAGGGCAGUGGUGUGCGCAGCAGUGGCCCUCUACCUGGCAGGGAAAGCCUAUAACUUUCCCUAGAAUUUUUUUCCAAUUGUAAUUGCGGUACACUUGUGGGCAGGGGAGUUUAAAAACCACUGGGUAUGUUUUUGUUUCUUUGUUUUUUUGUUUAAAUUAUAUUUAUUAAAAUUUCACAAAGAAAGAAUCACAUCAACAAAAAAGAAAAAUUCAAAAAGAAAAAGAAAAACACACAAUGCAAAAUACAAAAAGAAAAAAGAAAAAACAGUUAAAAACAAUUCCCUCUUUUCAUCACUACUUUUACAUUUACUUGUUUCCUGGACCUCCUCAUACCUCCCUCUUUUGUAUUCCAAUUCAGUUUGUUAGUCCAGCAAUUCCUUUCUUAAUCCCAAUCCUUAAUCUUAAUAUAAUAUAACAUUAAAUUUUUACCUAUUUUAAAAACCAAUUUUUCCAUUCUUGUAACCUUUUUAAUCCUAAUCCUUAAUCUUGAUAUAUUUAUAACUUUAAAGCCUGUACAGCUAGAAGCCACUUAAUUUCAAUCCAACAUCACUCUAACAUUCAUUAAUUUUGCAAUAUUUCUGUAAAUAAUCUUUGAAUUUCUUCCAGUCUUCUUCCACUGACUCUUCUCCCUGGUCACGGAUUCUGCCAGUCAUUUCCGCCAAUUCCAUGUAGUCCAUCAUUUUCAUCUGCCAUUCCUCCAGUGUGGGUAGCUCUUGUGUCUUCCAAUACUUUGCGAUGAGUAUUCUUGCUGCUGUUGUAGCAUACAUAAAGAAAGUUCUAUCCUUUUUUAACACCGGUUGGCCGACUAUGCCCAGGAGAAAGGCCUCUGGUUUCUUCAAGAAGGUAUAUUUAAAUACCUUUUUUAAUUCAUUAUAUAUCAUCUCCCAGAAAGCCUUAAUCUUUGGGCACGUCCACCAAAGGUGAAAAAAUGUACCUUCAGUUUCUUUACAUUUCCAACAUUUAUUAUCAGGCAAAUGGUAGAUUUUUGCAAGCUUAACUGGGGUUAUGUACGACCUGUAUAUCAUUUUCAUAAUAUUCUCUCUUAGGGCAUUACAUGCCGUAAACUUCAUACCUGUGGUCCAUAACUGUUCCCAGUCAGCGAACAUGAUGUUAUGUCCAACAUCUUGUGCCCAUUUAAUCAUAGCAGAUUUCACCGUUUCAUCCUGUGUGUUCCAUUUCAGCAGCAAGUUAUACAUUCUUGACAAAUUCUUAGUUUUGGGUUCUAACAGUUCUGUUUCUAAUUUUGAUUUUUCCACCUGGAAGCCAAUUUUCUUAUCCAAAUUGUAUGCCUCCAUUAUCUGAUAAUAAUGAAGCCAGUCUCGCACUUUGUUUUUAGUUUUCAAAACUCUGCAAUUUCAAUCUGUCUCCAUCUUGUUCCAAAAUUUCCCAAUAUUUUGGCCAUUUGACCUCCAUAUUGAGCUUUUUCAAGGUUUUCGCUUCCAUUGGUGACAGCCACCUUGGAGUUUUGUUUUCCAAUAAAUCCUUGUAUCUUAUCCAAACAUUAAACAGUGCUUUCCUGACAAUAUGGUUUUUAAAUGCUUUAUGCGCUUUGACCUUGUCAUACCACAGAUAUGCAUGCCACCCAAAUACGUUGUUAAAACCUUCUAAAUCCAAAAUGUCAGUGUUUUCAAGAAGCAGCCAUUCUUUCAACCAGCAGAAAGCUGCUGAUUCAUAGUAAAGUUUAAGGUCUGGCAGGGCAAAUCCACCUCUAUCCUUUGCAUCUGUUAGUAUUUUAAAUUUUAUUCUGGGCUUCCUGCCCUGCCAGACAAAUCUAGAAAUAUCUCUCUGCCACCUCUCGAAACAGUCCAUUUUGUCCACAAUUUGCAAUGUUUGAAACAAAAACAACAUUCUAGGCAAUACAUUCAUUUUUACGGCAGCAAUGCGACCCAGCAGUGAAAGCUUCAAAUUUGACCAGAUUUCUAAGUCUUUUUUCACUUCAGCCCAACAUCUUUCAUAGUUAUCUUUAAAUAAGUUCCCAUUUUUUGCUGUCAAGUUAAUCCCCAAAUAUUUAAAACCACUGGGUAUGUUUUUGGACAGACAAUCAAGCGGUUGUCUCCGUCCUAUCAAAACAAUCACCGCGUUUCCCCAGGGUGGCAGCACUGCUCCGGUCCUUUGUCCUUUUGUGCCUAAAGCUAAACAUUUAUUUCUCGGCUAAGUUUGUACCUGGGGUUAGUAAUGACAUCGUGGAUGCUCUAUCUCGUUUUCAGAUGGACUCGUUAGCGCCAGAGGUGCAGCAAUUACCACAACUGUCAGGGAACUGCCAUCGGCUCGGGGGGAGAGGGGAAAAGCCAGAUGGAUUACAGAGAGCCCCCAAAGAACAUGGAGGAGAGUAACCACGGCUCCAGUGAAGAGGAGCUUCAGGGCUCGGAGGAGGCGAGGCGGUGCCAGGACACCUUGCCUGGGCAAAGCGGGGAGGAGAGAGGUCCUCCGUUACCCACACCCUCCUUGCUCAGUAAGCUUUCGCGCCGAGAGGGGAGGCACAGACUGGGUGUCAAGAAACUACUUUGAAGUCUUGAAGGGAGUAUUGGCAUCUGUAGCCCUGUCCACGCUUAGAUCAUAUAAAAAGGCCUGGUCGGAUUUUUUGGAGUUUCGUAAUAAGUUUAAGAAUGUUAGGCUUGACACCCCCCAUGCAAAGGCCGAGGUGCUUCAAUAUAUGGUACAUUUUAGGGAUUUGGGCCGCGCAGCAAAGACACUUAACAUACAGUCUGCUGCAAUAUUGUUCUUUUGUAAGGCUAUUUACUCAAUAGACCCUUGUGCGGACUUCCUUGUGCGAAAGGCAUUAGAGGGUUGGCGCUGGCUACAGCCUCCCAGCAGCGAUGGUAGAAGACCCAUAACUUACAACAUUCUGUGCCAAAUUCAUAAAAAAUUAAGAAGCAUUUGUUGGUCCAAAUACGAGGCGCGUUUAUUUUCCCCGCAGUAAGGGGAAUCCUUUUAAAGAACUUGACCUUAUCUUGUUCCAAUUUGGUUCUGCAUGUCCGUUGCUCAAAAACAGAUCAACAGGGAAAGGGAGCCCUUAUCCGGCUUCAAGCAACGCAUAAUAGGGGGCCUUGCCUGGUAAAGGACACUAGGCGUUUUUUGUAUUUUAUUUUUUUUUAAAAAAAUGAUAUUUAUUGAGAAUUUUAAAAUUACAAAGAAAAAAGAAGGAAAAAACAAGAGAAAGAGAAAAAGAAAAAAGGUAGAUAAAAAUAACAAUUAAACAAUACAAAUCAAUAAAAACCAAAGUCAAAAAGAGAAAACAAAACACACAAUACAUCAAAAUCAAAAAGCAAAAAUAAACAAAAAAUUUAAAAACAAAUCCAAUAUUCCCAAAUCCUUAACUUUCAUUAACUUAUUUCAUCGACCUCCUCACACCUCCCUUUUUUGUAUUCUAGUUGUUAAUUGUCUCAGCAAAUCCUUUCCAUCUUUCACAAUAUUCUGUCAUUAAAUUACCUUAAUCUAUUUUAACCUUAUCUUACCAUAAAAAACCCUAAAGCUUAAAACUUAAAUCUUAUUUAUACCAAAUUCUUUUAACCAUAACAUAUUCUUACAUAAUUCUUUUUAACAUUUCUGCUAAAGCCAAAUAAUUUCAUUCCAACAUUUUUCUAAUACUCAUUAAUUUUACGAUAAUUUUCUAAAUACAUUUUUAAAACUUUCUUCCAAUCUUCAUCCAUCGUCUCUUCUUCCUGGUCUCGGGUUUUGUCAGUUCUUUCUAUCCCAUCCAUCUAGUCCAUCAACCUGGUGACCUUGUAUCCGAGGCUCUUAAGUCUUUUCCAUGUCCCUUCCGCAGGUCUUCUUCAUGUUUAUACCUGUACUUUACUUUGUCUUCUGCUGAUCUUAUUCUUAAUUUCCUUCCUUUCACUUGGGGAGACUCCAACUUGACAAUAUCUUUGUCCCUUCUCGACAAGUCAGCCCCUUUUCCAUAGUCAACACUGAAAUCCAUGUAAUAUUUAAAGGCAUGUUUCAAAGUCCCUCCAAAGUUAAGGGCCCCCACUACUCCGAUCUACACCCGGCCCAAAGCAAGAAUAGAAAGAUCAAAACAUCCCUGCAUAGGGGGAUCCAUCCAGCCCCCCAUCUCCAAGCCAAACAGAACUCCAUCUCUCCAAAUCUGACUUUUUCCAGGUUCAUUCGUCAAAUCCAACAACUCAUGUUCCUGCUGGGCCGCAGCUCUCUCCAUUUCUGCUACUUGAGGUUCAGCAACAACCUCCUCCUUUAUCUGAUCUGUCAAAGCACAUUCCUGGAUUAAUUCCUGAGUGGGUUCUAUAUAGGUACUCACUGCCUGUCCAAAAUUUCCAACUGCAACAGUCAUCAAAUCCAUCUUCUCAUGUAACUGUUCCAAUAAAGCACUUGUCUUGCAGAGAGCAAGCACCAAAGCCUCCUCUAAGCACAUUCUUGUUCAAGGUCGAAGUCUGGUCCCACGAUCUUUAAUCUCUACAGCUGCAAAGCUCCCCAGUUCGACUCUAAUAACAGUUUAACAGGCUCCCUCUAGGGGAAACAAUUUCUAUUUGUAUCCAUCUUUUUUUUUUUUUUUUAAAAAAAAGCAGAUCUAGCAACAAAGUUUUCCUUUUUCGGCGUUUUUUGUAUUUGAGACCAAAUAUUGCUGGCCCAUUCCUCAUACAUGCAGAUGGCUCCCACCUGGCAAGACAUCAGUUCACAUGUGUUAUGUUGUGCGAGUUUAGAUUAUAGGCCACAGAAACCGGGCUAGAAACCGUGCCAUCAACUGUGGCCUAGGGUGCAAGCUGCCACGAAACGUUGAAGUUUCCUGGAUCAUUCGGAGGGGGAUGCACUGGGUGGAAUUUAUGCCGGCAGUGAGAGCCAGAGCCGCUUUGGAAGGCCCCCCGAAUGCCCUGGUCAUUCAGCUGGGUGAAAAUGAUUUGGCCUAUCAAAAAGGCGUGGACUUGAUGUGGAGCGUUUACAAUGACUUUGGUGAUUUGAUCGCCUCAUUCCCAAACGUUGCCCUAAUUUGGUCAUCACUGCUGGAGAGGCGGGUUUGGAGGGACUGUUGGUGCCCUAUUGCAGUAAACAAAGCCAGAAAGAUUCUGGAAUGUGCGGUGGCGUGUAGAGUGGCAGCACGGGGGGGCGGCGGGUCAUUGACCACCCCAAUAUCCAGUUCAACAAGGUGGCCCUCUACCGAGAGGAUGGCGUGCAUCUUUCCGAUGAGGGAAAAGAUGUCUGGUUGGCUGAUAUAUCUUCCGGGAUUAGGGAUUGGUUGCAGGUUUGAGGGUAUUGGCGGUGAGCUUUUGCUCGAGUGGCGGUGAGGCAUUGCUAUGGGUAUUGUUAUGUAGAUGAAGGGGGGAGGAAGCGCCAUCACCUCCCCCGCAUACUAAAGGGUAGUCCGGUAAAGGAUUCAAGGGGGCGUGGACCUCUCCAAAGCCUAUGGAGGUGAGGGCCUAAGGCACACCCCCGAGCGGUGACCCUGGGGGAGUUCCUAGUUGAUGUGCAUCAGUAGGACUCCCUCUACUGGUGGUUAACCCUUCCCGGACUUCAAGCAAUCAGGCUGAAGCUGGAUAGUUGGUUAAGACCAAUGCCUAAGCCAAUAACGCUCAUCAUCUGUAACCAAUAAAGUUGUGGCCAAUUUUUGCCCAUUAACCUAAAAUAACGGUGUCAUGUGUCAUUAUUUCCACUGGGGGGAGGCAAGAACUCACCACGCAACAUUCUUUAUGCCUUGCAGGAAUGAAAAGAUUAUUCAAAUAUUCAAUUAAACCGUGAAUAGGGUUUCUUCUCCAAACCAGGUGAGUUGAUCAAGACGACAUAAAGCAUUUAAAAACCACAUUGUCAGGAAAGCGUUGUUUAAUGUUUGGAUAAGAUACAAGGAUUUAUUGGAAAAAAAAACCCCAAGGUGGCUGUCACCGAUGGAAGCGAAAGCUCUGAAAAGGCUCAAUAUGGAGGCCAAUUGGCUGAAAUAUUGGGAAAUUUUGGAACAAGAUGGAGAUAGACUGAAACUGCAGAGUUUUGAGAAACUAAAAAACAAAGUGCGAGAUUGGCUUCAUUAUUAUCAGAUAAUGGAGGCAUAUAAUUUGGACAAGAAAAUUGGCUUCCAGGUGGAAAAAUCAAAAUUAGAAACAGAACUGUUAGAAUCCAAAACUAAGAAUUUGUCAAGAAUGUAUAACUUGCUGUUGAAAUGGAAUACUCAGGAUGAAACGGUGAAAUCUGCUAUGAUUAAAUGGGCACAAGAUGUUGGACAUAAUAUUAUGUUUGCUGACUGGGAACAGUUAUGGACCACAGGUAUGAAGUUUACGGCAUGUAAUGUCCUAAGAGAGAAUAUUAUGAAAAUGAUAUACAGGUGGUACAUGACCCCAGUCAAGCUUGCAAAAAUCUAUCAUUUGCCCGACAAUAAAUGCUGGAAAUGUAAAGAAACUGAAGGUACAUUCUUUCACCUUUGGUGGACGUGCCCAAGGAUUAAGGCCUUCUGGGAAAUGAUAUAUAAUGAACUGAAAAAGGUAUUUAAACAUACCUUCUUGAAGAAACCAGAGGCCUUUCUCCUAGGCAUAGUCGGCCAAUUGGUGCCAAAGAAGGACAGAACUUUUUUUAUGUAUGCCACAACAGCAGCAAGAAUACUCAUUGCAAAGUAUUGGAAGACACAAGAUUUACCCACUCUGGAAGAAUGGCAGAUGAAGCUGAUGGACUAUAUGGAACUGGCAGAAAUGACUGGCAGAAUCCGAGACCAGGGAGAAGAGUCGGUGGAAGAAGAUUGGAAGAAAUUCAAAGAUUAUCUACAGAAAUAUUGUAAAAUUAAUGAAUGUUAGAAUGAUGUUGGAUAGUAAUUAAGUGGUUUCCAGCUGUAAUGCUUUAAGGGAAUAUGAAAAAAGGGUUAUAAAUAGGUAAAAAAUUAAUAUUAUUACUUUUAAAGGAUUUGCUGAACCAACAGAUUGAAGUGGAAUACAAAAAAUGGAGGUAUGAGGAGGUCCAGGAAAUAAGUCAAAGGAAAAUAAGUAAUGGAAAAUCUGUGUGUUUUUAACUAUUUUUAUUUUGUAUUUUUGUCAUUUUUUUAAUUUUUAUUGUAAUAUUUUAAAAAUCUUAAUAAAUAUCUUAUAAAAAAAUAAAUAAAUAACUCUGCUCUGUGUGAAGAAGUAUUUUCUUUGAUCUGUCCUGAAUCUUCCAAUUUUCAGCUUCAUUGGAUAUCCCCAUAUUUUAGCGUUAGGAGACAGGAAGAAAAGUUUUUCUCUGUCCACUUUCUCUGUGCCACGUGUAAUUCUAUGAACAUCUAUGUUGCUGCCUCUUUCUCAUUUUUUCUCUACACAAAAAAGUCCCAAAUGCUGCAACCUUUCUUCACAGGGGAGUCCCUACUCUGGGCUUCCAAAUUUCAGUGGCGGCCUGUGCAACGCCAAAAUCCAGCCCCCCCAACCUAUUGCCUUCCGUUUCAUAUUGUUGCAGCACCCCCCACAGUGCCCUCUCAGCUCAGCGCCCAGUGCAGACAAACUGGUUGCGCUCCCCUAAAUCCACCUCAUCCUUUGGGUUGCCCUUUUCUGAACUUUUCCCAAUUGCGCAUCCCUUUUUGAGGCCAGGGCACCAGAAGUGUUGCGCCACAGACUUGUAUAAUGCCAUUGUGAUACUGGCACACCACCUUUUGGGAAGGCCUUGUUGGCCUUUAGUUGGACUGGAUCCAGAACUUGGCAUGGCUGAGAGAAGCAUGUCCUGAGUGUUUUUAUAGGGAUGGGAGCCAUGCAGUCCUCUAACUGCCAUCAGCCCUGGCCAGCCUGGUCAGGGACUAUGGGAGCUGUGUGUCCAGCAAUGUUUGGAGGGCACCAGGCCUUCCAGAACUGCUUUACAGGGGACACAAGGGCAGGUCCCUGCCCCAAGGAGCCUACAGCCUAAAAUUCUACCCAGGUGGAAUGCAGCAGGAACCAUUAUGUUGCUGUUGUUGUUUUCAGUUACAGGUGGUUAGGCUCGGUUGUAUCCCCUGGGAACUGUGUGCAAGCCUUAGGGUGAGAUGCCACUGAAUCCAGGCUGUCCACAGUUAUCUGCAAGACCCCUGGGGGAAGGAGAUGUCUCUUGAGACAUUGGCUGACAUUUGAGGGCCUUUUGACAGCAAAUCUGGGCCCUGAAGGAGGGCUGCCCCUCAUGGUGCCCCCAUCUCCAACAUUGCUGCUGGAUGCCUUGAGAGUCUACAAAAUGAGACCUUGCCGCUUCCCCAGAGAAGGUUCUAGGAAGGGAUCUCGAGGAAAAGCAGAUCUGCAAAAAGGCUCCUGGGGGAGGGCAAUAGCUCAGUGGAAGAGCUUCCGUUUUGCAUGCAGGAGGUCCUGGGUUCAAUCCUCAUUAGGUAGGCCUGGGAGGGGGCAAUAUUUCCUGCCAUGGAGAGCCAUGGCUGCCAGUAAGUGUAGAAGGUACUGAUCUUUUUUUAAAGAAUUCUCUCCAUGCUUUAAUUUUAAAAACAUAACAAAACAAAUACAAAGCAGAACAAUAUGCAUCAUCCCACAAAGGGCAAUCCAGUAAUUAACACUCCAUACAUACACACUGAAAAAAGAAAAUAUUAAGUUCAUCCAUCGCUAAUUCUAACGUAACUUCCGACCCCCCCACUGUGGUUCCUAAAUUUCAUUAUGCUGCGCACUUACCUUUAUCUCUCCUAAGUUCUUCUGUUAUUUUAAUUCUGUAAUGAUUUCUUAAUCCAUUCAGAAAUCAAUCCAGGCCUGCCAAAGAAUUUAUGUUAUUACAAUGUUCUUUUAAAUAUUCUCUGUAGAUAUUCCACUCUUUAUUAAAUACCGUAUUUUUCGCUCUAUAAGAUGCACCUUUCCCCUCCUAAAAAGUAAGGGGAAAUGUGUGUGCAUCUUAUGGAGCGAAUGCAGGCGGGAGGCUCUGCUCAGCGCUCCCUUUAAAGAGCCAUGUGGAGCGUGUGUGGCCCUUCUCCCUCCUCAGGGAAAAGCGCCCAAGAGCACACACUCUGCGCGCUCUUUAAAGGGAGCGCGGUUCUUGGGGGAGCCUUAGCCGCGCGCAGCCUCUCCCAGGCAGGGGAUGAAGGCUCCCCUUCCUCGGGAGAGGCUGCACACGGCUAAGCCAGAAGUCAGGACAGCCUGCAGGAUUGAUCCCGCUCGCUGUCUUGGUUUAUGGGAUAGCUGUGCGCUAUCCAAAAGCCAGAACAGCGAGAGGGAGCGCUGUGCAGUGCUCCCUCUUGCUGUUCUAGCUUCUGUCUCAGCCAUGCGAAGCCUCCGCAUGGCAGCCCUGCGGAGGCUUCGUGCGGCUAUCCCUGGCUUUUGCGGGAGGUGGGGGAAGGGACAGAGUGCGCGGCUCUGUCCCUUCCCCCACCUCCCAGAAAAGCCCCCAAGAGCCGCGCUCCCUUUAAAGAGCACGCGGCUCUUGCGGGAGGAAAGCCAGUAGGCUUGCUUUCGCUGACCCCAGGAGGGCAAGAGGGAUCGGCGUGCACCGAUCCCACUUGCUCUCCUGGCUUCAGGGAUAGCCCCGCAAAGCCUCCUGAGCGAAGAUGGAGGAGCGCUAUCUCUUAGCUCAGGAUGCUUUGCAUUGCUUUCUUAUUUCUUGUUUUCCUCCCCUAAAAACUAGGUGCGUCUUAUCAUCCGGUGCGUCUAAUAGAGCGAAAAAUAUGGUGCUUGAUCUGUAUGGUCUCAGAAUCUUGCUAGUUCUGCAUAUUCUAGCAUUUUAUUUUGCCAGUCUAAUUUUAAGGGAAUAGAAUCUCCUUUCCAUACCUUAGUAAUUAGAAUCCUAGCUGCUGCUACCGCAUACAUAAAGAUUUUCCUUACCUUUUUGAGGAUUUCAUUGCUCAUUAUGCCUAGCAAGAAGACUUCGGGCUUCUUUGGGUUGGAACAUCUAAACAAUUUUUUAAGUUCAUUGUAGAUUGUUUCCCAAAAUUCUCUGAUAUUUUUGCCGUUCCACCACAUGUGGAUCAUGGUGCCUUCCGCCUCCCUGCAUCUCCAACAGAUGUUUGAUCUAGAUUUAUACAUUUUGGCCAGUUUUACAGGUGUUAAGUACCAUCUGUGGAGCAUCUUCAUGAAAUUCUCUUUCAAAUCGUAGCACACUGUGAAUUUUAGGUCCUCCAACCACAACCUCUCCCAUGAUUCCAUCUGGAUGUUGUACCCAAAGUCUCUGGCCCAUUGUACCAUGACAGAUUUCACUUCUUCCUCCUUGACCUCCCAGUCAAGGGGGCACCUGUACAUGUUAGAGAGUGUUUUUUUGUGUGUGUUUAUUUAAUAAUAAUAAUAAUAAUAAUAAUAAUAAUAAUAACAAUAAUAAUAAUAAUAAUAAUAAUAAAUCUUAUUUAUACCCCGCCCUCCCCGGCAGGUGGGCAACAGCUUAAGAGGGAUGUGCUUAUCACUGCACCUUCACACCUGUCUCUGUCAUCCUCCUACCCCUUGCUCUUUGGCUGAGCUGCUUCAGGCACCUUGGAUAAUGGUUUCCAUGUUGGCUGAGCCCUAUUGUCACCUGGGAAGGCCAAGCAGAUUAAACCCCAAUCCCUCCAGCCAGUGUUUAGAGAGGAACACAAUAUAGUGGCUUUGAAGUGGUGGUUUGUUUAGGGAACAUCAGAAUGUAAGAAGAAAAACCGCUUGUCAGAUAUGGUUUAUUUAUCUCGUAUAGCCUUUGCCAGCCUGAUGCUGCCUGGGAGCCUUGGGGAACUGUACUGCUAAGCAUCUGCAGAGCAUAAGGCUGGCAAGGUCAGUCCCUGUUCAUCCUGGCAGAUGGCCAGAUGAAGCUUAUGAAGGUAGGAAGAGCCAUUAGCUGGAUCAGGCCAAUGUGUUAUCUAGUCCUGUUCUCACAGUGGCUGACUAGAUGCUUGUGGGAAACCAGCAAGCAGGAUCCUUGCACAAGAGCAGAUCUCCCCUCCUGUGGUUUCCUGCAUCUGGUAUUCAGAAGCAUUGCCGCCUCUGACCAUGGAGGCAGAGCACAGUAAUUGUGGCUCGUCUCCUCCUCCUCCAUGGAUUUGUCCAAACCUCCAUCAAGGCUCUCCAAAUUGGUGGCCAUCAUUGCCUCCUGUGGGAGGGAGUUCCAUAGUUUAAUGAUGCGCUGCAUGAAGAACUACUUCCUUUUCUCUGUCCUGAAUCUUCCAACAUUCAGCUUCAUUGGAUGCCCAAGAGUUCUGGUGUCAUCAUGUUAGAGGGAGGAAAAAAACUCCACUUUCUGCACACCACAUGCAAUUGUAUAUGCUUCCGUCAGGUCACCUCCAGUCACCUUUUCUCUACACUAAAAAGACCUGAACGCUGCAGGCUCUCCUCACAGGGAAGCCUCUCCAUCAACCUCAGCCGUUUUGCAGAUAUCAGCAGAUGGCUUGUGCGAGCUUUGCAAGUGACACCUUCCAUGUUUGUGGCCUGUGCGUCCAGGAGCAAGCCCCUCCAUUCAAGAGAGGUUACCCCAUUCAAUGCGCCCCCCCUUAUCCCCCCCCCCCGCCGAUGUGAAACUUGUGGAGAAUUCAAGUGUGGUGAAGGAAGCCCCGGAAAAGGCCAAUGCAGCCCUGAUGGAGUACACCCUCUGCAACUACCCACACGCCACAGACAGGUUCCGCCAGCUUCUGAUGCAGCUGGCCGACGUCCGGUCCCUGAGCAUGCAAGCGGAGGAGUACCUGUACCACAAGCACCUGAGCGGGGACGUGCCCUGCAACAGCCUCCUGAUUGAAAUGCUCCAUGCCAAGCGGACUUGA